GUGGACUCUCCGGUCUACUAUCAUCGGCGCGUACCCUCGUCACGCAUACGCUAUAUGGCCGCUGUGCAAUGCAAUUGGAGCAUGCCCCGGCUUCGUUCACAAUCUGGACCGAUAACUUGAUGUGCCGUCAAUGUAGUAUUAUUCAUGUUUCCAUAUCCGAUAUCGAUCGAUGUCCGGGGGCCACUAGGCUCGGGCUGUUCUUCGCCCACAUGGUCUCCAGGUUAAAAAUGGCCGGCAUGCCAGCUUUUUCUUUCACUUAUCUCACCUUUCCGGCGUUUAUCGUACCGACUGGCCAUCUUACGAUGCAUCCGGGGCAUCAGUUGGCGUACGCCAUGUGGGCGAUGGCGGCUCUCUCUCUCGCUCUGGUAGCUCUCCGACUAUAUACACGUAUUCGAAUCAUCAAGUUUGUCGGCGCUGAGGAUUACAUGUACGCAUGCACCGGCAUAUUCUUCCUCUUAUUCGCUAUUUUCAUACAAAUCUCGGUUCAUUACGGGCUAGGCCAGAACUUCUGGACACUUAGUAUCGACGAUACCGCGAAUUCUAUAUUCUGGACUUACGUAGCGAAUACCUUUGCUAUAACGGGAAAUGCAAUGGCUAAGCUAUCGAUGGGUUUGUUUCUCCUUCGAGUAGUUCAGGUCAGGUGGCAUAAGAUUGCACUCUGGACUGCCGUUGUCAUCACCACUACUACAUCAUUUAUUCUCGUGGUUAUGUUGUGGAAUCAGACGACGCCAAUCAAAGCGAGUUGGGACCCGUUGAGGACGCCUGGGAUAUGGAAUAUACGAAUUCAGCCUCUGAGUGUUGGCCUUGGAGUUUGGUCUAGCAUCUGCGACUUUUUCUUCGCCAUAUUUCCUUGGUUGUUUAUCUGGUCUCUUCCCAUGUCUCGACGAGAGAAGAUUAUGCUAGCAAGUGGAAUGAGCCUUGGAGUAAUUGCCGGAGCUUGUGGUAUUACCAGGACGGUAGUUUUAUCUAAGCUAAAUGUGUUUAACUAUACACUAAACUUCGUUCCUUAUUUUGCUUGGGCUGGUGCGGAAAUUGCUGUGGCUAUGGUUUGUAUCGGUAUUCCUACCUUACGUCCGCUAUAUCUUAAGACGAGGGGAUUUGCGAGUGCCUAUUCAAAUCACUCCCAGAGCAGGAAUACAAACGAGCUACCCCGAUAUACGACAUACAAACGCAAAACUCUUAACAAAUCUAGUCAAGUUCGGGAUUCGGGAUACUCGCAAGCUUCUGAUCUGUCGAGGCCCCCGGUAGCGUAUACCAAAGUGCGAAGUGACAGUAUGGACGAUAUGCUAUCGAAUAAACAAAGUCAGCGAGCAGGCGUGAUAUGGGUUAAGAACGAAGUUCGGAUUCAGGAAGAUGUUGCAGAGUGGCCGUUGCGAAAUUAAUAGUUAAGUGAUGUUAUAGUUAGAUACGGUAGAAGCUUACUACCUGGUAGCCGACGCAAGUCAAUUCAUUUCAUGAUGUAAAAUUAGAAGAGAGCUGUGGCUUGCAAUAAGAGCCUCUCGAAAAGCCACUUUAUUCUUGCCUAACUUGUACUCUGGGCACGGGCACUGGAUAAAAAAAGCCUUAAGGUAGCUGUCUCGGGGUAAGAACUUCCAUGUCAGCCUGAACUACCGGGCAGCCGGGCAGCUGGGGUAGGUACCUAUAAGUUAUUGGGUACUUGCAUAAGGUAUGAGGUCACCGCAUGUGCUACGCCUACUUACCUGAUAGGGGAGCAACCUGUACAUAAGCGCGGGGCAGGCAGGUACCAUUUACAUACUUGGCCCCACAAAGAUCUGAGGAACGGCCGC